AUGCCUAAGCCAGUCAAUGUCUGUGUCAAUACAAUGGAUGCAGAGCUAGAAUUUGCCAUCCAGUCAGGCAAACAGCUCUUUGAGCAGGUGGUCAAGAUAAUGGGUUUGCGUGAGGUGUGGUACUUUGGGCUGCAGUAUAUGGACAACAAAGGAUAUCUCACCUGGCUCAAAAUGGAAAAAAAGGUUUUAUCUCAGGACAUAAAGCGAGAGAGCCCCCUGCAGUUUAUGUUCCGGGCUAAGUACUACCCUGAGGAUGUUCAAGAGGAGCUCAUCCAGGACAUCACCCGCAAGCUCUUCUUCCUUCAGGUGAAGGAUGCCAUUCUGAGCGACAACAUCUACUGCCCCCCAGAGACGGCCGUGCUACUGGCAUCAUACUCCGUGCAGGCCAAGUGUGGAGACUUCUCCAAGGAGACGCACAGACCUGGCUACCUCACAUCAGAAAGCCUGCUCCCCCAGAGGGUACUUGACCAGCACAAGCUCUCCACACACACAUACACACACACAUAUUUAAAUAAUUAUAUAAUUAUUUUGGUCCCUAGGGAUGAUGCUAUACUAGUGUACUUAAAAAUUGCACAAGAUUUGGAGAUGUAUGGAGUCAACUACUUUGACAUCAAGAACAAGAAAGGAACAGAACUGUGGUUGGGUGUGGAUGCACUUGGCCUUAACAUAUAUGAGAAAGAUGACAAAUUGAUGCCAAAGGUUGGAUUCCCUUGGAGUGAAAUCAGGACCAUAUCUUCCAACAACAAGAAGGUUGUCAUUAAACCCAUUGACAAAAGGGCCCCAGACUUUGCGUUCUACGUCCCUCGCCUGCGCAUUAAUAAGCGGACCCUACAGCUGUGCAUGGGCAACCACGAGCUGUACAUGCAGAGGUGCAAAAUCGACACCCUCGAGGUGCAGCAGAUGAAGGCACAGGCACGCGAAGAGAACCAACAGAGGCAGUUGGAGAGACACACGUUGGAAUAUGAGAAGAAAAAGAGAGAAGCUGUUGAGAGACAGAAAGAACAGAUGGAGAGAGAAAAGCAAGAAAUGGUGAUGAGGCUCUGCCAGUAUGAGGAACAGGCUAAGAGAGCUGUGAAAGAAUUGAGGGAGCAGCUGGACAGGGCCAUUCGGCUGGAGAGACGAAGGGUGGAGGAGGAUGCCUCACGUCUGGAGGCUGAGCGGCAGGCGGCUCUCCUGGCCAAAGAAGAACUGGCCAUGCAGGCUGAAGACCAGAUCAAGAACCAGGAGCAGCUGGCUACAGAACUGGCUGAGUACACCGCAAAGAUCGCCCUGCUGGAGGAGGCCAAGAGAGUGAAGGAAGAAGAGGCUGAUCAGUGGCAGAACAGAGCUAAGGAGGUGCAGGAGGAUCUACUGAAGACGCGCGAGGAGCUUCAGCUGGCGAUGACGGCCCCUGCGGCCAUCCCGGCCCCCGUGAUGGUGGUGGACGAGGUGGACGUGGAGCAGGAGGAACAGGAGGAGAACACUAGGACCGACCACGCCGAGCCCCUGGUGGGAGGCAUCCAUGAGAGUGUGCAGAGGCAGCUCAUGGAACUGAGCUCUGAGCUGGCUGAGGCGCGGGAUGACUCCAAGAAGACAAAAAACGACAUCUUGCACAAGGAGAACAUGCACAUGGGCAGGGACAAGUACAAGACGUUGCGUCAGAUCCGCAUGGGAAACACCAAGCAGAGGAUAGAUGAGUUUGAAGCAUUGUAGAGACUGCUCCCAUCUGAAUGCCCUCGGCCAUAGCUUGCACCCUGCUAGCUACUGCCUCUGCUAUUUUAGGGUGUAUUUUGCAACAUUAUCACAAAUGGUUCCACUUUACAUUAGCCGUUCAAGUAUUUAGACUGUCGUAAUGCUAUUUAAUCAUAGUGGAACAACUGGACAGAAUUAUAUUUCCUGAAGGUCACUACGGUGGGGAAAGGGGUAGAGAGAGCAACACUGGAAUAUCAUUCUCACCCAUCAGUCUCCGCCAUGGGCACCAUGGUAACGGUCAAAAAAUGGAAAAUAUUAUGGUCUUUCUGCAUCACAGUAAGUCCAUAUCCUUGGUGGCUUUUGCUUGGUUUGGAACCCUAACCCCCUGGACUAUAUCUUACAUGUGUACAUGCCUACCAUAAAUAUAACCAUUUGAUUCUAAAGGAAAUAUGUUCAUCACCUUCUAUUCUAGGCAUUUGUAAAAUGGGUGCGAAAUCCUCUCCUUUGACUUUACUAAAUAUUAACUUCCAGUCAGUCUAUAUUUAUAAAAAUUGUCAGAAAGCCUUUAAAAUUUCCUCUUUUAAUUCUUGUUUUCUUUUUUGAAAUAAUUCUGUUUGCUGCCACCCUGAAUUCGAUUUAUGACAAGCACCAUAUCAUAGUCUGACUAAUGGUGUCAUUUUCAGUUUAAAAUGUGCUGUAGACAAAAUGAAGGAAAUCCUUGAAUUAAGUCACUUAAUGGCUCUGACACACGUCACAUUUUUAAAUAGUUCUGGACCUGGUUUGCAGUUUUAAGUACUUUACACUACACGGUCAUUUUGAUCGCCCAGGCUUUGUGUUUAACCUCUCGUCUUCUGAACACUAAAUUAGAUGCAAGUUGUUAAGCCUGGGAGAUUUUUAAAAGAUUGCUUCCAGUGUGGAUACAAAUACAACAAAAGUGUAGCCUUGAAUGGGAGCGGAGCGUUCCACUCUCAAAACCCUUCACUGACGUUACGACGACGCCUACUGUGGGCCUGCUGUGCUGCCGAACAGACCUGUUGUUUUACUUUCCCCUUUUUUUCUAUUUCCCCUGUUUUGUAAAGGAAAUAAAGAACCACAAUCCAG